AAGAAGAAAAAGAAAGUGAAGAGAAAGGAAAGUUAUUCACUGUACAUCCACAAAGUGUUGAAGCAAGGUCAUCAAGAUACUGGAAUUACAACCAAAGCCAUGGGUAUCACGAACUCUUUCGUUAGCGACAUUUUCGAGCGUAUAGCAAUGGAGGCAUAUCGCCUGACAAAGUACGGUAAGAAGUCGACAAUGAGUUCCCGCGAAAUCCAAACUGCUGUACGGCUGCUUCUGCCAGGUGCAGUUGCAAAGCAUGCAGUCAGCGAAGGCACGAAGACUGUCACCGAAUACACAAGCAGCAAGUGA